GCUGCUCUUGUCUCGUUGCGUAGUCCUGUUUGUUCAGUGUUAUUUUGCGAGUUGUUCAUGGAUUGUAACACCCUUAUGGCAUUGUGUUCAACCUCAUCAAUCAACUUUGUUAUUGGAAUCUCACUUGCUCUCAAGCCAGACAGUAUACUCUGUACUACUCAUUGUAACCAGUUGUCAUGGUCUUUGACUAGACAACUACCUGACUAUUACAAAGGUUAUUACAACCUGCCCAGAUAGUCUACCCCUGACCGCCCGAGCUUUGCUUAGGUGACUGUCAACCCCUACGGCUUUCUGUACCUCUGCUCAUCCCCAAGAUCCAAUCGAAUCGUGUCUAUGAGCUUUGCUUAAGGCAUGAAUCGCAACAGGAAUAUAUACAGGUGGCCUGUGAGCCUCCGGUCUAGCUCUGGAGUUUGUCCAAGGGCUGGCCAGUACAUGUAAGGGGAAGUACCCGUGACACUCUAUCCCUUGCUGGAUCAGAGAUGGAAGAGUGGUGCCAUUUCUUCAAUACACUGUCCUUUGACAAUCAGCAGACUGUGGGGAUAGGUACAAAGGAGCAGGACAAACUCAGCACCAAACUCAAGCAUGUUGGUAUUCACCAGAACUGGAUCCGCCAGGAGGUUGAAGAACUUUGCCUCUAGGUACAAUGGAGAUCCACAAACCAGAUGCCAGCUGAUAGCAUGACCAGGAUGCUCCCACAUCAGAAGCACAACAAGUUUGUCAAACAACUACAUCUUGUGGACAUAUGGUGAAAGGUUCUGGAGAUGGAGAAAUGUUGCGGUAUCAGACUGCUGCAAUAUACGUCGCACAUGAGCCUCAAUACACACGUUUGUAACGGGUCAUGUUUAGCACGUUUCAAGUCGUGUAUAUAUCGUCGCCUCCUAGCUAGACAUCAAUACAGCGCAGUAUUCCAUCGACCCGAUAGUCCUACGAUAUCGUUUACCGUAGCUAU